UGUGUGUAUUUUUCGAGACGCAGAAGGAAAGGAGCUCUUAUCUCCGCGAAAAAUGGAUUAUUCCAAUAUAUUUUGUAAUCUUAUUAGAAAACAGCCUACAUAUUGAAAUUGCAACAAUCACAAUAUAAAUUUUCAUCUGGCGUAGAAGGCGUACGUUAGCCUUGCACUUGCGUUACCCAUGCAAUUGUCACAACCAAAAUGGUUUAUUAUCUUGCGUUAACAUCCGUGUCUUCCGUCGUCUCCAAAAUGUUCGUCGCGCCAGUUAUCGACUUCGCAAUCUUCAUCUCCUAAAGCACGCGUCAGCAUACAUUUAGUGAAUCUAUAAUUAUCGGAAAACAAAAACAAGAGGCAAUCUAACAAGAAGUGACGGGAAAAAGGCAAAGUGUCCUCAGGAGCAACACAUUGAGGUUGCUGCUGGCUGGUGGCUUGCGGUGGUUCGCGUGUUGAAGGCCAGCCCUCCACCUAACAUGUCCGAGAAGCAUGGCCAGCUUAGUGGUGCGCAGUGGUCGGCGAAAUCAGCAGCAGCGGCAGCGGCAGUGGGUGGUACAACAGCAUCGACAUCGCUGCAGAAGCAUCAGCAAUCUAAUCCAAAUUCCAAUUCCAUAUACGAAGCAACCGCGACAGGUACCACAAAUGCCUAUGGUAUAUGUGGCGUGCCUGUUCCGAUUCCGGACAUUCCCACCUACACGUCAGGACGGUUCCAAGCUCCGCCCAUUCACAUGCAAACGAUCAAAUCGUCACCACUGACCAUUGCGCCAAUUGUUGCGCCUCCACUGGCUCUCGCUCAGUCCCAGGUGUCCCCCACACCCACAAAUGUACCUGUUCCCAGCGGCGGCUUUGUGCCGACAGCGUUUGCAAAUGUAAAUUCUUCUGGCUCUGCAGCCAGUGGUGCGACAUCUGUGCUCACGCCGAAUCCCUUUGCAGCAGCCGCUGGCAAUGCUGGGCUUGCGUUUGUCAAUGCCUUUAACAGCGCUCAACAAUUGGAACUGGGAAAGAUAAUGCAUGCAAUGAAUGUGAACGCCUCUUCGUCAACAGCAACGCUUGCAGCAGCAGCUAUACCAAGGCAUCCACAACCUCCACAUCCACAUCCUCCCCACCCACAUCCCAGUGAAGGCGGCUCAUCAGCUGUCCCGCCGGCUGCACCCAGUGGUGCCAUCAACUCCACCAUUACGGAGAAUGUGAUGAAUGCACUAACUAGCGAUGAGGAGCGCAUGCGUCGCGUACAGCAGGUCAUCGAAGCUAGUUUGGAUGACGCUGCUAAGCUGCAGAUCGCGCAAAUUCUUGAAAGUGUCGCUGGCCUAAAGCCCAUUGAGAAACUGUUUUUGUAUUUGCGCUUGCCCGGCGAGAGUGCGGACACUGACCCAUUGAGACAGCCACAGAAUCCGCUUGGCACACGUUCCGAGAUUAAUCACACCAUCAAUUGGGUGCGUUCACAUCUUGAGCACGAUGCUCAGGUUUCCAUACCAAAACAGGACGUUUACAAUGAUUACAUAGCCUAUUGUGAACGCCUGAGCAUCAAGCCACUGUCAACGGCUGACUUUGGUAAGGUCAUGAAGCAGGUGUUCCCCGGCGUUCGACCGCGGCGUCUAGGCACGCGUGGCAACUCCCGCUACUGCUAUGCGGCCAUGCGGAAAACCACCAAACUGACGCCGCCACAGUUGCCGCAACUAUGCAAGGAUGAGCCAAUCGACGACACUGUCGCCGCGGAAGCCAAUGUGACAGCGUUCAAUCGAUCACCUAGUGCCGCAGCGAGCGUACAAGGUGCAGCAGCCGAUAAUGACUGUAGUUGGGAUGUGGUGCGCACCUGGGCGGAAAAGCUGCUUAACACCAAACUGGAGAGCGUCACAGAGCUGGCCACACGUAUCAAAAGUAACAAUGCAACAAUUAAUGCAGGACUGGGGCCCAAAAAAUAUACGCCCAGGGAGCCCAAAGAGAAGCGCCUUCUUGCAGACAUGGGACCGCUGAAGAAGCGUCGCAAAAAGAAACGCAAAGGGUCCACAUCCUCCGAAUCGAGCUGCAAUCAACCGAAUGCCGCACAAGAUGCGGGUAGCAGUCAGGAAGCAGUCAGCGAUGAACACAAAACGGAGCUGUUACUCAAGAUCAAGCAGGAGAUUACAGACUCAUCCGGUGGCUAUUUGACAGCACAGCAACAACAGCAGCAAGUUCUGCCCAUGAAUCUGGCCACAGAGCCGCGCAGCAAUGUUGCCCGCAACCUAACACCCAAGCUAUUGGAACUGCAAGCGGAGGCUGCAGGACAACAGCCGUUAUCCCCCACUGGGAUAGUCAUUAAGGACGAGGCCGAAGAGUACAAUACCACCAAUAUAUUUUGCAAGAAAGUCCUAAAGGCGCAGCAGACCAAAGGCUUUUGGGCCAACUCUCCCAGCAGCGGCAGCACAAGCGGCGGCACGUUGCUUGUACCCCCAGUGAUUACCACAACGGCAGCGACACCACCGCCAUCCGCGCAGCCACCUGCUGGCAACUCACCCAUCCAUACCGCGCUAUCAAUGGGCCCACCGGCGCAAUUAAAUAAUCCCAGUUCGGUCAGCCCGUCAAGCAGUCUGGACACGAGCAGUAGCACACCGAAAGUCGCAUCGCGCAAUAUGAUGUUGUUGCGGGCCAAACGCUUGAUAGCAGAGAAUGCGGCCACAUUGGCCGCCACUGCAGAGGACUCUGGGCUGGCUGAGAAUCUAGGAUUGCCACGUGAGCGCGUCAUUAGCAUAUGCAAUAUGGAUAAGCAUGAGCUUGAUGAUUACUUAAUGCCCGGCGAUGAUGAGGAGGAGAACUCUGAGGGCCCCGAUACCGAGCUGCUUCAAUAUUUUCAGAUGGGAGACGCUGAGGAAAAACAACUGAAUUCCUUAGAUGCUCAAGCAGAACAACACAGAAAUCCACAAGCUGCAUCAGCUAUUGCAAUAACAAGUGCACUGGCGAUAGCAACUGCAAGAUCAGCAACGGCAACCGCGACAUCAACAACAGCGGUGCAACAGCAACAACAACAGCAGCAGCAGCAACAACAGUUGCUGCAGCUGCAAAUGCGUCGCUCUAUGCCCUUGCCAACUGCAGCAGCGACAGCAAAUGUUGUGGGUUCUGCCUCAGCGUCUCUGGCACUAAUGUCACGAAAGCAUCAACAACGACAGCAGCAGCAACAUCAACAACAACAUCAGCAGCAGCAGCAGCAGCAACAACAACAACAACUGCAGCGAGCCACCAGCAACAACAACAACAACAGCAACAAGCGCAAAAUUAGUCUAAGCAACGCGUCCAGCAACGGCAACAACAAGAACUGCAUUUUUCUGCCCAUUUCCCCAAACAUCAACAGCAGCAGCAAUGUGGCUGCAACAGCUGCAGCAACAACAACAGCAGUUACAACAACAACUGGUAAGCUGCCCACGCAAAGCUGCUUUGCUAGUCCGGUCCAAACAACCAUGCGCCAGCGUUCCAGCCUGUUAACCAAGCAGCAAUCGCUUGACUUUGACAACAACAACGGAAACGGGGAUCCCAUGAUUGGGGCGCAUAGGCGCAGACGCAGCUACGUUUACAGCUACCCCAGCAGCAGUUCCGCGUCGGCGCCGCCAAGUCCCUCGCUGCUGCAGCAGUGCAUGGGCGUCAAUUGGUUGUGCAGCAGCAACAACUUCAGCGAGAGCAACAUAAAUAACAACAGCAACAAUGUGGAGCUGCUAGUUAAUCAAAACUCAAUGGAUUUGGAAACGAGCCUGGCGCUAAGCGGUGCCAAUAUGGAGCUAAACGAAACGCAACGUUCGCAAUCAGUGCCGCUAUCACAGCUGCAGCGCAGCAGCCACCACUCCCCCUCAGCAGGCUACAAUCGACAGCUGAAUCAGGCCGUCACCACUGGCCCAGUGAACGAGGCGCUCUUCUCGGAGAACAGUAAUAGUCAGCAGUCGGUGGGCGCUCUAAAACUGGGUGGCGGCGAUGUGGAUGUAUCGGCAAGUCUGCUCUACGAUGAAGUGGAUGUCAGUGCGCUCAUCUCGCCAAGCUUUAACAAGUUCAGUGGCAUACAAACGACAACCACAUGCAGCUCCUCGGCGGGUUCUUCGAGUGGUUACAGCAGUGCCGGCAGUGCGGGCGGCAUUGUGUCGCGCUCCGUGCCCUCCACGCCGCUGCCGCAUCAGCAAUCGCAGAUCCAGGGCGGCAACAAUCUCGGAACCGCCAACGGCAGCUGCAAUGCCGCCAGUGGCCAUUUCAACAUCUCACCAGCCUUCAAUUGGGGCGCCAACAAUGCGGCCUACUGUGGGCAGUCGUACAGCUCCCGAAAUGUUCUGGAUAUAUCCAAAUCAAUGCCAUCGACGCCCAUUACGACGCCGUGCUUUCGCUUCAGUCCCGUUGAGCUGUACCGAGACUUUCUAAUCAACGGCAAUACGAUUGACAGCCUGCCGUCGCCGGCUGUUGCGGCCUUUGGAGUCGGCAGCACCACAGAUGCCGUCUUGGCCCUCAGCACUGAUACGCUAAUUGACGACGUUGCGCCCAAUAGCAGCGAUGUGGAUGCCAUAAUUGGUGCUGCCGAUAUACUUGAUGGCUUGUAGAAUUUGCACGAAGAGAAAGCUCAAAAGCAGGCAGAGAUUUCGAGCGAGACGCAGCCAGAAGAGCUGGUGAUGGCCAGUCUGUUAGAGCAUGUGGAUAAGUUAUAAAUCUCUCUCACUCUUUCUCUCUCUCUGUCUGUCUGUAUGUCUCUAUAGAUCUGUAAUCACAAUCGGAAUGGACAACCAUAACGUAGUCGUUACCUAUUUUACUCGUAUCGAUCUUGUAUAAUUGAUGUGCGAAAAUUGAUGUUCCGUGUGACGAGCUUUCUCUUCGAAAUUCUCUAGCGAAAGACUCCAGACAUGCCCAUACUAUAUACAAAUUCUUAAUGCUAAACUCCAAUUGGUUUCAAAUAUGCCAUAAAGGCAAUUUAUUUAAAUUUCAAUGUCAAUGAAGGGAUUUGUUUUUGAAUGUCAUUGCAACCAUCCUGAACCAAGUAUCCCUCAGGACUUUGUUAUGAGAAUGUGCGUGCAUAUAUUUAUGUUUGUAUGUAUGUAGUAUUUGUAAGUAUGUGUGCAUGUUAUUAAAAAAAAUGGCAUAUUGUUAUAAAGUGGAACUGGAAAAUGUUUGCAAUUUUCUCUAGUUGAAUAGUUUUUAAUGUUGACCCUCGAUUUGAAAUGAGAACUUUAUACACAAAACGAUAAAACAGAAUACCAUAUACCAUAUAGUAGAGAACCUUACAAAUGAAACGAACUUAAAGUCUGAAUGAAUUCAACGUGCAGCGGUUUUAAAAACAUAUACAUAUAUACACAACAGAUUAAAGAAUGUAACAUUUUAAAUGAUCCCGUCAGGUGUUGGGAUGGUUUCCCAUCCCGAUAAGAGAGCCCAAACUAUACAUACACAUUAGUUCUAAGCUAACAAUUGAUGAGGGCCUAAACAAACGGCAAGCGUUCAAUUGAAACAAUUAUCAAGUUCAAGUGUUUAACUGUGUGUGUAAUGUUACGUAACGUAACGUAUUUAUGUAGAAUUUGUUAUCAAAUCAACAUUUGUAACUUUAUCAAGCUAUCAGGUGUCGUUGAUAGCUUAAGCAUAUGUAUAAAAUUGGUCGACCUUUUUUCGAUUUUAUAAACAACUUAUUGAUUAAGUUCUUUGUAAUUUCUAUCUUCUAUUCAAACAAAUUGUUAUAUUUUCUAUCACUAAACCAUAUUAAAUGGUCUUUAAUUAGCAUUAAGUGUUUGUUUGUUAUUGAAAGUGUUUUGUUUUAAAUGAUAACCCAUAAUAGGAGCAGAAACUCUCCUAUUGUGUCAAGUUCUCUAGGUUUAAUUUUCCAUGUACCGCUGUAAUUCACGUUCUAUUAUCCAUAAUCCUAGUGUUAUUGGUAUACUUAAUUCCCAAUACCCUAUCCUGUUUAUCCAACUACUGUUUAGGUUUCUACAACUUUAAACAAAAUUUAGCUUUAAUAUUUCAUUUAAAUGAAAAACCAAUUCAUUUCUCUGCUACAAAUUUACGUAAAUUUGUUUGUAAAACAAAGUAAAAUUUAUAAAUACACACAUCCAGAGCAUCCUUGCGUUAUCCACGUAUAAAUUGUGAAAAUCAAAAAUAAAAAGUAAAAAUGUAAAAAAUAAUUAAUAAAUGUGCCUCAGGCUUUAUUGUAAAACAAUUAUAUACUUGCAUAUACCAUAUAAUAUGCACAGAAAACCAUACAAAUGCAUUAUUAAAAGAGGAAAGUUAGCUGAGUAUACAUAUAUAUAUAUAUAUAUAUAUACUUAUAUAAAAAUAUACACUCAUUUACAAAACGCAAAGUUAGAAUUAGGGAAACAAUUGAAUUUGCUAGAGACCUCAGAUUCAACAAAGUAAAAAGAUAGUCAGCAAUUGAUCCAUUCAACCAUAGAGAUAUAUACAAGUUCCCCCAAGCACAGCCCCAAGCAUUAUCAACUCAAAUCUAAACUAAACCAAUAUUCCGCUCAUAUAUCGAUGUGUAUUUAAGUAAAGUCGAUAUGCACAUCAUCAUUUGGAACUGCUACCGCUUUAAUUAAACAGAAAUAGCUCCUGUGGAAUAUAAGUACGUAUACAAUAAAUUUUUUCACCGGGAACCCUUUAAUAAACAAGCGAAAAACCCAAUAUACAUAAAUACAAUAGUUACAUAAAGAUAAACGAACCAAACUGUACUUUUUAUAAGAUAUUUUAAUGCAAAACAAAAAAACAAUUAAUGUCAAUAAAAACCUAUGGAACAAA